AUGGCUGACAUAGACUUAGCCGUUCAAGCAGCACGUCGGGCGUUUGAUGAUGAUAAUUCUGAAUGGAGAAAACUAGAACCUUCAGCACGUGCAUCAUUAUUAACAAAGUUUGCUGAAUAUUUGAUACGCGACAUCGAUUAUCUAGCCAAACUCGAAACACUCAACAGUGGCAAACCAAUAAUGGAUAGUUACACAAAUAUACACAUAGCUGCUGAUAUUAUACGUUAUUAUGCGGGUUAUUGGAAUGUUCCGAUCGUAAUGUUAGCUUUGAAACUUGGUCCAGCACUAGCAUGUGGUAAUACAUGUAUCUUGAAACCAGCUGAGCAAACACCGUUAACAGCUUUGUAUUGUGCAAGUUUAAUAAAAGAAGCCAAAUUUCCUAAUGGUGUUGUGAAUAUAGUACCGGGUAAUGGUUCAGACUGUGGUCAUUCAAUGGUUGUUCAUAAUGGAAUUGAUAAAAUAUCUUUUACCGGUUCGCUCGAGGUUGGAAAACAAAUUCAACAAGAAGCUGCUACAAAUUUAAAACUAGUUUCUUUAGAACUAGGUGGAAAAUCCCCAUAG